UGAUUAGGAAACUGCAGAAAAUGUGUACUCUGUGGGAAGGAUAAGAUUACUGCUGAAAUUAAAGGUUAAAUAAACUGGAACGAUGAUAAAACAGAAGAGACAGCUCUGAAACUAAUGCACUACUUUCAGCUUUCUCAAAAGUACUUCAUAUUUCAGGGACAGCACACUAGUGAGACCAUGAAACCUUUGGUUUUCAUUCUAUUUUCAGUGCUCUGUUCUUCUUUUGCUGCAGAAGAUUCAUGUGUUGGGAGAUGUCUGCGUGGAUUUGACAAAACAAAGAAAUGCCAGUGUGAACCAAUGUGUGCUUAUUAUGAGAGUUGCUGUGCAGACUAUCAUACCAUCUGCAAAACUAAGGUGGGGCGCGGGGAUGUGUUUAACCUACCUGAGGAUGAAUAUGAUUAUCCUUUUGGCACUGAAGCAACACCUCUUGAUCUCUUGACUGAUUCACCCACAACUGAACUAACAAAAACGGGGGAUUCAGAAGAUGGCUUUGGAAUACCAAAAGAACAGGAUUCAUAUCCAACUUUUCCUAAACAGGAAGAAGAUGCAAUCGCAGCCAGCAAUGCAGUCACAGUCAGCAAAGUUAACCAAAGUAUAGAUACUCCAGUGAUGGAAGAAGAGGUACUAGCUGACAGUGAAGAAUUAUGCAGUGAGAAGCCAUUUGACGCAUUUACUGACCAAAAGAAUGGGUCCAUUUAUGCAUUCAGAGGAAAAUAUUUCUAUGAGCUGAACAAGACAAGUGUGUUGCCUGGUUACCCAAAACAGAUACUGGAUGUCUGGGGCAUCGAAGGCCCCAUUGAUGCAGCUUUCACUCGGAUCAACUGUCAGGGAAAAACCUAUAUCUUUAAGGGGAAGGAAUACUGGCGAUUUGAUGAUGGAGUGCUGGAACCAGGAUACCCACGCCUCAUCUCUGAUGGAUUUGAUUACAUUCCCAGUAACAUUGAUGCAGCUUUUGCCCUUCCAGCCAAGAAUUUUCAUGGCCAAGAACGGGUUUAUUUCUUUAAAGGUGAACAGUACUGGCAGUAUGAUUUUGUAAAUCAACCAAGUUGGGCAGACUGUGAAACAACCUCUCAGUCUUUAGUGUUUGACCGGUAUGCACAACUGCAAGGAGACAGUUUUGAAGAUUUAUUUGGUCUCCUGUUUGGAAGUCGGUUUUCCGAAACAGGUGAGCAUAACAGAAGCCCACGCAAUAUCAGCAGAGACUGGAAAGGUAUCCCUAGUGGGAUUGAUGCAGCCAUGGCUGGUAGGAUCUAUCUAACAAGACCAUCUAAGAGCUCCAAAAAAAAAUUUCAGAGAAGGAAACCCUCAUGGUGGGGCCGUGAAGACCACAAACGAAGAGGAUUUCGAGUAAGAUCAGACAGGUCACUUUUUUCCGACUUCGACCUAAACUUUGGAUCUGAUUCACAUGAGGAAAUGGACUGGCAUUUUCAGCCAACAGUGCAGUGCACACCUGUCCAGAGUGUCUAUUUCUUUGUGAAAGGUAAUGCAUGCAUUUAAGAAAUGGCACAAAUAAACAAAAUAACUCACACAGCAGUUAGAUAAAUAUGGCUCUAUGUCAAUAACACAAUAAAUAAAGUCAGUGAAUGCAGUCUUAACUGAAAAGUAAGUCAUCAAAAUAAAUGCACUGAACACUG